ACAGAAGCGAAAGCUGCUCCUGAACCCGCCAACAGAAAUGGCGAGAUACUCCUCCACGUAGGCAGCAAUGCCGCCAGUGGCGAGACAGGUUAGGAGGUAUCGCCAUUUCUUCCAGCGGGAUACUCCUCUCUGUAAAUAUUCUCUUUUUUAUUUUUUUCCUUUUCUUUCCCUGGUCUUCUAUGAAUACCACAGCCAACUCUUUCUUUCUUCCUCUCCCCCUCUCAUUGCUCCCUUGAUUCAUUCACCCAGUUUUUUUUUUCUGUCCUCUUUUCCUCUCAGAGGAGCCUCUGAGUCUGCUCAGGAAGGUAUGGGAGCUACCUAUGGCACAACGAAGAGUGGCGUGGGCGUGGCUUCAAUAGGUGUGAUGAGAUCGGAGUUGGUGAUGAAGUCUAUUGUCCCUGUUGUUAUGGCGCAACUCUCCUCUGGUCUUGCUUGUGGGCUGGUUGGUCUUUCUGCUGGCAUGGCUAUUGGUAUUGUUGGUGAUGCUGGUGUUAGGCAGGAUGGGCAGAAGAGAAUCCAAACACGUCUAUCAUCACUCAAACUUGUGGUGUUGUGAGGACAAAGUACCAACCAACAAAGGAUGGCCCAAUCUAAUUGUAACAUACCUAUGACAUUUUGUUGGCAUGUUUCAUCAUCACCUCAGCAUAAAAAAACAAAGAAAGUAAACCCCACCUUCGCAUGCGAUGACGUCAUAAAUUAAUGGAUUUAUUUGGGCUAGUAAUAAUGACCAACCUAUCUCUACAUCCUAAACAACUGUAAGGCUAUAUAAGCUAUUGCAUGGUCUCAAAUUACCAUAACUCUAAUCGAUGCCCAUAUAACACAUAAAUAACAAAUCAUUUACUUUUUUCCAUAAAA